AGAAUACAUUGAUUUGCUAGAAAAGAAAAACAUUUCUUUCAAGUUUUUUGUUGUGUUUUCAAUGGAAUCACGAUUGCGUUGUGUUUGUUUACCAAUGUAAAAUAAUAUUUAUCAUUGGAGUAAAAGCAAUUCACCAUUCAUAAAAUUAAGAUAAAUCAAUAAUGUCGUUUUUCAAAAGUGUUGCAUCUGGACUCACUGGACGGAGCCGAGAUACAAUUUUAAAGGAAUCAUUGAUUAACAAUUUAUCAGAAUGCGUAAAAGAUAUUCAAUACACUAAUCAGUUUGAGGAAAACUUCUACAGUGUUCUUGGUUCUACCGAUUCGACCAACACUCUCUGCGUCGCUCUGGAGGCGAUGUUCUUACAUGGCUUGAAGGACACCUUCCUGAGGAAAGCAAAGAAUGCUCUGUCUGGUGACCCCGACCAUCGCCCUCAACCGAAUUUUUGGCCCCUCGUGCUCGUCUUAUCUCACCGACAAAACAUCGAUCAGAUAUCAUCAUUGCCACAAAUAAAUACUGAAAUUGGCCAAUGCAGAGCCUGGCUCCGAGUUGCUUUGAACGAGUGCUUGCUGUCUUCAUACAUGUCAACUCUAUUGAAGAAUGUAUCAGCCAUAAAGCCCUUCUACAACCGAUCCGCUUUUGUUUGUGACUCUGAAAUAUUGGAAGUUGCCCAAAAACUUAUUGAAGGCCUUGAAACCUGUGUUCAGUUCAACAUGCCCAUAAACUCAAGUCUGUUGAACCAAUGGCCUGAACAAGUGCUGAUGCUGGCUGGGGUGUGGAUCCCCACUAUGAGAGUUGCUCCGAUCAGUGCUGGUGUUGAUAUAGCCAGCACUCUCAAUGAUGAACAAGUCAAGCCAAAGCUACCGUCUACACCUACACAUAAUGCCAGUAUCACAGGCCUCUGUGUUGGACACAUACUCUCCAUCAAUGAAGAUGAAGCAUUAAACUUAAUUCUUUCAAAAGACAACAGCAACAUACAGUCUGAUUACAGAGAAUUUGAAGCCAAUGAAAAACCAAAUGACUUACCUUCUUCUUCAGUCCAAGUUGGACAAUCAACACCUAUUGAGAUUGAAAAGUUUCCUGAAGAAAGUGAUAAAGAAAUUACAUCUCUGUCUCCAUCAUCAGCUGACUUUGAGGGCUUUGUUGGUGCUGAUGCUGUGAUAACUGGAAACUCUUUAAGUGGCAAAGGCUGGUCCAUUGAAAAUGAUGAAUUGAACACAUCAACACAUUCUAGCUCCUCACACGGCAGCAGUCUUAUUAAGACACCGGAGUUAAAGAGUUUGUCCUCAUUGAUUGAUCACUCAAACACAUAUGGUGAAAACAAUGGCAACACACCAAAUCUUCGUGAUAUCAUGAAAGACAUACAUAAAGAACUAAAACUCACAGCUGAUGAACCAACUGAGUUUGGCAAUGUGAAGGAUGACCCCACUACUCCAGAAGACCCUAUGCUUCAAGGAUUGGGUUUUGAAAUAGUUCCCAGCUCAAAUACAGGAUCAUUCACAGCCCCUGAAUUGCAGAAAAUGAUAAUACAGUUAGGUACAUUAUCAAGAGAGCAUGGCCUCGACAGUCAGAAUUACCAAUGUAAAGGGUGCCAAGACCUGUUAGGUAGCACCAUCUCCAAGGCAAAGGUGUGUGCAUUCACUGGAGAAUAUUACUGUGCAAACUGCAUGGAUGCUAAUGUCUUCAUUAUUCCAGCAAGGGUUAUUCACAACUGGGACUUUAAAAGAUAUCCUGUAUCCAAGAAAUCUGCACUGUUCUUAUUAGAAUUCCAACACCAUCCAUGGAUAGACAUGAAGAAGCUAAAUCCAAAAAUAUACAGCGGUGUUUCAGAUAUGGCACAACUGCAGGAACUGAGAGUUCAGCUGAACUUUUUAAGAGCAUAUGUAUUUACUUGCAGAGAACAUGUCAUUGAGGAGCUGCAGAAAAGGGUUUGGCCGAGAGAAUACCUGUAUGAUCAUGUGCAUUUGUAUACAAUCUCAGACUUAGCUCAAAUACCAAACAGCUCUUUGGCUCUGCAGCUAGAAAAAGUGGUUGCUUUUGCCAGAUCACAUGUCCUUGACUGUUGGCUUUGCAGUCAAAAGGGAUUUAUUUGUGAAGUAUGCCGUGAUCCAAAGAUAUUGUAUCCGUUUGAGACGAGUUCUACAUACAGAUGUGAAGAAUGUUCCAGUGUGUUUCAUGCUCGAUGUCUGAAUGCUAAUAUACCGUGUCCCAAGUGCAGGCGGAAACAGAACCGCACACAGGACGCAUCUCUGCUGGAUGCUGUACAGUCUCAUUUUAAUAAGUAGAUUACAUUUGUAGAAAAAUAUACAUAGAUAUUUAUCCUUACAAUCAAAGUUGCAUUUCCUAAUAAUGAUUGGGGUUUUAUUAUCGUUUUAAAUGUUAUUUGAUCAAGAUGUUUCAUAAAUCUACCUAAAUAUCGUGUACGUAUAGUUUACGGCACACCUGUGUGUAAAAUACCUAUAAUAUUAUUGAUUCAUACUUGAAAAUAAGUGUAAUUUGUUAAUACAUGUAAUUUAAAUAGUAGCACUAGUAGAUAUACCAACCUUAGACUAAUUUAUAAUGACGGUUUCUAGGAUUUGGGUUUUUAUUUUAAUGAAUGAUACUACAGUGUAUUCAUGGAGUGAAUAUUAUGGAAUGUGAUAUUUCUAGACUAGAAGUGCUGAAAAUGAUUUUAUUUUUGUAUAAGUACAACUUACUAUUGUAGAUAAAACGUAGUACCUAUCAAUUGCAUUGUUGUGUGCAAUAAAAUUAUAUUAUAUUCUAUGUACUAAUAUAGUUUUAAAGUUAAAAUGUGCAUUGUUGGCCUAUUAUCAGUAAUUGAGAGGUGACCUUUGGACCACAACUCCACGACUGCUGCGUCGUUUAUUGAAUACCUACAUAACAUAUCGGGGCAAAAGCACUUCUUUAUUGCAUAUAAAUAAAUUAUUAAACAAAAAUUUAGAUAUGGGCAAUUAAACAAGAAUCAUAAAUUAAAUUAUGUAUAAUUGAAUAAAUUAGCUCAUUGGAAA